AUGCACCCGGAAGAAGUUUAUGAUACUGUGGAAAUAUUCUUGAAACAAAAUGAGAGGGAGAAUAAAUUUACAAAAGGCCGACCGGGGAAAAAAUGGCUUACUUUGUUUUUGCGAAGACAUCCCGAAGUAACUAAAAGAAACGCUGAAAUAAUAUCAAAAGCUAGGGCAGCGGUUACAGAAGAGGCCAUCAGAAAUUGGUUUACUGAAUUGAACAAGUUUUUAGAGGAAGAAAAUGCCUUAGACAUUAAAGAUGACCCGACUCGUAUUUUCAAUUCAGAUGAAACUGGCGUCAUGACUUGUCUUAAAACGGGGCUGAUUUUGGGGCCCAAAAAUUAUAAAAAUACAUACGAAAUCGCAAGUGGGAAAGAAAAAGAAUCAAUCACAGUCCUAUGUACAUUCUCUGCUGAUGAUGCAGUUGACUACUCACGCUGCAUAAGUAAUAGAAGGCAAGAAAUUGCGCAACAAAACCAAAAAGGCACCACAACCUCUAGUCUUCAUGACCAAAAAGAGGAUCUACGAAGUACGAUCAAGGUUAUAGAAGGUGAAGUUGGCCAGAUGAUAAGAAAUGAGUUUGUCAUGUCUUACAAUUUAAACCGUUCUCAUCCCCAUCAAUAUUUUGAGCUGUGGAAAAAAUGUAGAAAUCAACUUGAGAAUAAAAAACAGAGUGACACGAUAACACCGAAUACCCCGAUCAUUCCUCUUGAUCUGUCAGUAUCAUCUAUAGAAGCAUCUACUUCAAACGAGGACGAUUCCAAACUGGAAUCAAGCCAGGCACUGGAAAGGAAUAGUGUUCCCGAAAUCGUCGAGUCUGAAAUUACAAAUGUGGAAACUGAAGAAAUGCAUGCAACUAAUAGUUCAAUUAUAAUAGAUUCGGCAAUCCGACUGCCAUCGGAUAAUUCCAUAUUAUUGGGUGAGACUAGUAUUUUACCCAAUUUACCACCCUUUGAUACAACUGAAGAUGUCAUAGAUUUUAUUAUUCAGAAUGAAAUAGACAUACCUGAUGUGAUACCAUUGCCAUGGUAUGAUACUUUAGAAAUAAUAGUAGAAAAAGACCCCAUUAUUGACGCUCCUAAUAAAUGCUCUUCUCCUCAGAAUAACGCAUCAUCCAUACCAGCCAUUCCCAGUUGCAGCAAUAACACUAAUCAAGCAAAAAAUUCGCUUGAGUCCACAGUUGAUAGUCAGACUGCAAUAAAGUCUGUAAUAGAUCCCACUAAUAGUAUUAAUUCAUCGAAUGAUACAAAUCCAUCCAAUCCACUAGAAGGAUUUUUGAAAAUACCGGAUUUACCACAAAAGAAAUUUAAAGUUACAAAAAAAAUGCCUGCACCUUAUGGAUUAACAGGGCUCAAAUACAAAGAAUAUUUAAAAAAUCAGGACGAUGAGAAAAAAAUUAAGGAGGAAGAAUUAGCAAAUAAAAGAAAGGAACGAGAAGAAAAAAGACUGAACAAACAAAAAUCUCAAAGCAAAAAACGUGUUCAACUGAAACGCCCAAAAAAUCCCCUUAAAAAGCAAGCUAAGAAAAUGAAAGUAGAACAUGAUGAUCACACACAACCUGCCGAAGAUUUUAUAACAACAGAUAAUUUAGAAGCAAGUGAAGAGACUGAAAUAGAAACUAGGAGAACUACUACGACUUGUACUGAAUUUAAGGACAAUUUAUUUGAUAGAUAUGUACUGGUUCAAUUUGAGAGUGGAAAGAGAAUGCGUCAUUUUGUAGGAAAAGUGAUAAUGGUCAUAAAAACGUCAAAAAUAGCAACUCAUACUCUGGCGGCUUACCAACUCAUAUUCUGCGGGCAUUCACAUAAAUCAGCAAAAGAAUUACGGGAACGGCCAGAAGGUUCUCAUUGCAUCUCAUAG